AUGGGACACUUUCUUGGUACUUUUCAAACUAGAGAUUUGGAUAUGGAAAUGAACUUACAACCAACUUUUGAUUCGAACAUCGGCUUCAAAACAAGACGAACGCAGCGCAAAAUGGUGGCAUGCGAAGAAGACUUGAUGUCAGCCAGAGUUCCGCCCCAGUACAGAGAUUACUGCGCUCACAUUCUGUUAAAUUAUUUAGUUUGUAGGUACAAACACAUGCCAUUUGUAUACAAGUGUGCACACGAGAAACAUAAUUACAUGAACUGUGAACAAGCCGACUAUGUACUGCGUAUGAAAGAAUUUGAAAGAGAAAAGAGAUUGCGACAAAGAGAGAAACGAUUAAAACAGGAAUCCAAUUCGUAG